AUGAAUACGCAGCCAAUUGUGCAGCUGCUCGAGAUAGAGCUCCUCGGGGAAAACCCUACUUCAUACACGCAGCCGAUGCGGUGGCGCAUGCGCCUUGAGGCCUUGCAGGCGCUGGAGGAACCCAUCUCUGUGGCGUUCGUAUGGGUCGGCAGCGCUUCGUCACCGGACCAUGACCAGGUGCUCGACACCUUCGAUGUGGGUCCACUCGCGAUGGGCGCGACAGAAUUCACAAUGGAGUGUGACCCGCCGCAGGUGGAGCUAGUUCCUCCACAGGACGUGCUGGGUGUCACAAUUCUUGUCAUAUCCUUCCAGUACAGGGGACAGGAGUUCUUGCGUGUUGGUUAUUACACGCAGGUGGCGUAUUUCGACGCGUACCUCAACCAGUGCCCGCCGCAGCUCCCGCAGGGGGACUUACUGGGACGCUUCGUUGCGAUGCCGCGUCCCACCGUGACGGUGACGCCCAUCGCGUGGGACGAGGAGCCUAUCGAGUGA